CUGUCUUCAUAGGUGAAUUAGUGUUCCAAAGAAAACUGGGGAGAUAAGAUUAGAGAAAAGCAAAUGUCCUGCUGAUCUUCAAGAAAGGGAAGAAAAGUGAUCCUGGAAGUUACUACCUAUAAACAACACAAAGAUCAAGAAAUCAUAAAUAUGGGCAGAAGGGAAUAAUACAAAGGGACAGAUUCUAAUCUAGUAUGAUUUGCCACCGCCUCCUCUCCCUCUCUCCUCAAAGAGUAUUUACAAAGCAUUGGAAGCUUGAAGCUGGAGGGGUUCAUUCUGCAUCACAUCCUAUUUUUCAGAAGAUGGCUGCUGUUUGGAAAAAGCUAACUGUCGUGGGAGAUGUUGCCUGUGGCAAGACAUGCCUCUUGCUUGCCUUCUGCAAGGAACAGUUUCCCAAAUGCUAUGAGCCAACAGUGUUUGAAACCUACAUCAACGACACUGAGGUUGAUGGGAAGUCAAUGAAGCUGAUGCUCUUCGAUGUAGCAGGGCAGCGCCAAGGUAAUUAUCAGCACUUCCGUUCAUUGUUCUAUCAAGGCACAAGUGUCAUCUUAAUGUGCUUCUCAGUGGACAGGCCAAAUGCCCUGCAGAACAUCCUUGACAUUUGGAUUCCAGAGGUCAAACAGUUCUGCCCCACAGCUCCCAUUGUUCUGGUGGCUACCAAGAAAGAACUGAGGAAUGAUGAGGGUGUGCUGGAAAGACUUGCUACACUGGAACAAGAGCCAAUAAAGACGGAAGAAGGAAAAGCCUUGGCUGCUAGCAUUGGGGCAUAUGCCUACCUGGAGUGCUCUGCGAAGACGAACGAUGGCAUUGAGAGAGUCUUGCAGAUUAUUGGUCAAGCUGCAAUACAAGAUGGAACAAAGAAGAAAAGAAAACAUCAUGUGUUCUUCAGAUUGUUCACUUGUGGACAGAAGCAAUGAAGUAAAAAAGAAUGCCAGAGAUGCAGCCAACAGUUGAGAGAGAUUUUCAACCAAGGGUGAGAUGGGGACAUCCCAUCAGCAGCAGUGGUGAGUCUCCAGAAGCCGUAUGAGAUGUAGUUGAACUUGGAUGAAUGUAUGCACACCUCCUUUCUUUCAAGCACAGAUAUUAAGAGCAUUGUUGGCAGUCCUGGAAAAGAGAUUUUAAUUCUGGCUAUAGAUGCAAAGAUGGCUGGUAAAUAGCAUGACUAGCAUUUAUUAAAGACAUACUCUACAGAUCAGAAGGUGGAUAAAAAAAACCAAUUCUGGAGUGAAUAAUCUUAGGAUCCUGGUAUGAAGGGACAAAGAGAUAAUUUAUUGAGCCUAGUUCAUCGUACAGAAGGACAACAUCCUUUGGUAUCUUUCUCAAUGGCAGUUCCAUCAUUGAAGCAUCUUGGUUAUUGUCCCUCUAGAGGAAACAAAAUCAGAGUAACCAAAAUCUUCAUCUUGAUAUUUUAACAGAAUAGCAAAUCCAAAAGAAGGAUAAAUAAGUUCUAACUGCAUUAAAAUUUUUCUUACCCAUUCUUCCCAACUGGUAAGAGUUCCACUGGCUGUGGCGCUAGUAGAAGUCCGAUUGUAGAUUAGGCAUUGGUUAUACCAUCAUGGCUAUGAGUAGAGUCCUCUUCUUCCCUGUAGUUGCUGCUAGUGGUCCUUCUUGAAGUGUUUGGUGCUAAUAAUUUGACUUCCAUUCUGUUCUUCCAAUACAUGCACCAACCGAUCUUCAGCAGGAGCCAGCUAUUCAUCCCCUGACUUUUUCUUCAGUCUGUCUCUGGAUGGGUGUAGUCCCCAGCAGGUUUGUCUGUGGACGCAGUUUGUCUGCCCCUGGAUCCUGCUUUUAUUUAUUAUUUAGGUCUCUCAGAGUUCUUGGUGCCACACCUUAUCCUGUGAUUGGUCUUCUCUUUCUUACAUUCUUAUUGCUGCUUCCAACACUGAGGGUUAAACUUAAGUAAUUAAACAAAAUAGUAAUUGUUAGCACCCUGUCCACUCACAUGCAAAAAUAUUCAAAUGACAAGUGGGCUGAUUUACUUGAAAGACCAAGGCAUGGAAUUUAUAACAAAAAAAAAAGUUCAGUCCUAUUAAUGAGAAAAUUAACUGAGGUGAUUGGAAAAGAUUUUACAGUGUAAAGCGAGAUACAAAAUAUUUGGCGGAUGACACCCUUUUCUGGGUAGCAUGGGACAUGCUACAUCACUUUCUACUAGCAGUGGUAAAAUCCCCUCUACUUCAACGUGCAAUUACAUCAAAAUGUUUUAAGAAUAACACUUCACAUUUCUAAAGCACUUUUCUUCCAAGGAUCUCAAAGCCAUUUUAAACAUGAUUUACUAAGCCAUAUUCCAGCUCUUUGUGAUAGGCAGGUAGUAUCGCCAUUUUGCAGAUGAGGAUACUGAGCAACACCAAAAGUAAGUGAGUUGCCCAAGGUCAUCCAUAUCCAUAGUCUGCUUUGACUCUUCUUUCUGUACUUAUCUUGUCUCUUCUCUUUUCUCUUCUAGUCUCUUCAAUUCCUCCUCUACUUCCCUUGCUACUCCCCUGCCUUUCAAAUAAUAUUUACCUGAUAUAGGUCCCAAGAUAGGAAAGGAUUCUCUGGAGGGCUCUUCAGCUUAAGUGCCUACUGGAUUGAAAUCACAUGCUUAAGCGCUUUCCUGAAUCAGGGCCUUAAUCCUUUUUUUUUUUUUUUACAUCGUAAAGAGCUUUAUUUAUUUGGGUGAGUAAGCUUGGGGUGGGGGGAACUGGGGAGCAGAGAGGCUAUGGAACACAUUUUCCAAAGUGGUCUCUACUUUUUGGCUCUUCAGUUUUUGGAUGUCCAAUGUGAGACACUUGGGGCCUCAUUUUCAAAGGUGCUGAGUGCCCACCACCCCAUAACAUUCAAAACACAAGGGCACCCAAAUUUGGAGGCCACUUUUGAAAAUGUGGACCCAAGUGACUUGUCCAAAGUCAUGCAUUGUCAAUUGGUUUCUCACUUGAAUAUAUUUAACAACCCACAGACAGGCAUUUGUUUUCAGUGCAAAUCUUUAGGUAUUUUGCCUUAAAGUAACAGUGAAUUCACUUUUGUAUCUGCCAAUAUUUGCCUCUGUAUUAAUCAGUCCUUGCCUUGACCUCAGUGUUGGCAUCUUGUUGGUUAGUUACUGAUUAACACCAGGCCUUCAGCCUGCUAGCAUUUUGCGCACACAGCCUCUUCUUACUGAACACACUUACGGAACUGAACAAGGGAAACAAUGCAUUUUUUGCUAAAAAAACACAGGCUAUUGUCACAUUUCACCAUAGAAAUCUAAUCCUCCCCUUUUUAGCCACAAGCUGUUCACUAGGCUCUUAAAGAUGGUCAGAGUCUUGAUGCUGCGCAAAUAUUUUUUCCCCAAAACCGUGCAAAACUUUAGAAUAAAGUUGAGGUCAGCAAAGCUUAAUUUGAAUGCUGUGUCAAAACGCGAAACAAUUUUUUCCUAAGGCUGUGUCUACACUACAGGGACUGUGCUGGUAUAAGCUUGCAGUGUAGACACAGCCUACCCUGUGGGAGGGAGUUUUUCCAUUGGUGUAGGAACACCACCUCCAGGAGCGAAGUUAGCUAUGUCGACAUAGCUGCAUCUGCACUGAGGGUUAGGUUGCUAUAGCUAUGCUGGUCAGCCAUGUGGUUUUUCACAUCCCUGACCAACGUAGCUAUGUGCAUCUAACUUUCAGGGGUAGAGCAAACCUAAAUCUCUGGCUCAGCACACUUUUUCGAGAGUAGGUUUCAGUCUGGCUAUACAACAAAAUUUGUGUAACAAUUGCACAGAUUAAAACAAAAUUAACCUGUCUUUUUUUGAGAUUUAGCUUUGACCUAUGAGCUAAACAAGAGGAAGGAUCGUCCAGUGAAUAGGAUGCUGGUGUGAGAUUUGGGAGGCCCGGGUUCAAUUCCUUGUUCUACUACAGGCUUCCUAUAUGCCUGGGGAAAGUUACCUUGUCUUUCUGUAUGGAGGAUCAUAAUACUUUCCUCCCUCACAGAGUGUUGUGAUGCUAAAUGCAUUAAGGAUUGUGAGAUGCUCAGAUAUGGGGGCCAUAGAAGUAUGUAUAAGAUAAAUAGACAAUACUGAAAUCUGAAAUAAAAAUCAAGAGUUAUUGUGAAUUCAAACUACCAAAGUUCAAAAUCUGUGUUGCCAAACCAACAACGUGAGCCCAGCUCUGCAAUCCAUAAAUCCUUUUAGAGAACUGUUUCUUCCAGGGUAGCUGGUUAUCAAAUAGUCUUUUUGUUUUGUCUUUUUUAAAAUGUGUUUUGUCCCAGUGGCACUCUAAUUCUAUGUGUUUACAUAAAUACAAGAUACAGCACUUUUCAUUUGACAGAAUUGCCUCCCCAGUGAGGGAGAGAACAAGAGAAACGAAUGGAGCACUUUACUUACCACUGAAAUAAAGCAACUUUUGGGAUAAACGUAAUGUGCUUUUUUUUUUACCAGCUCCUACAACACCUUAGGGCAGAUGUCCAAUUGAAAUAGCAAAGGAAAUUUAUAGUACUGAAUGUCAGAUGAAUGUGACUGAGUUGCAACUAGGCCAGGAUUUCUUCGCAAUUUCAAUAAUGCAAUUAUGUAAUUAUAUGAUGUUGAUGUUUUUAACACUUAACACUUACAUGACAGAGAAAAAACAACAUAGUACAUAGCAAUAAUGAGAUACUGUGCAGGAGCAGAUUUUCAAUUUCAGACCAAUGUCUCUAUAUAUUUCAUGGGGAACCUAGGGUGAAAUAACACACAUUUUGUUUAGAGAUUUUGGAAGACAUGGUACUUUUUAUAUCAGCUACAAAAAGCGCAUUUUAGUAGACAUUCAAGUUAUGGAGAAAAGUUCCUGAAUAGCUCCCAACUCAGAGCUUGAGAAGAAGGGAAAGUAUUUCAUUCAGUGUGAAAUAAAAAGACCCCCAUACAUUAUUUCACAUUUUCAGGAUGCUCUGCAUGUACACUGAGCAUUAUGUGAACUCUGGAUUAUGUGUGGGGAGAGAGACAUGUUUUGUGCUUUUCAACAUUGACCUGUAAUUUUGAAUCAAUUUUCUCUAUGUAAUUCAUGUUUCCAUUGCAUUCUUGGAACAAUAUUGGCUCCCUCUUGUGGCCAAUUUAUCACCUGCUAAUUCUCAUACUCACCAAAGAUUAGCA